AUGCCAGAACUUGAUCACAUAUCUAACCACGAAUGUGUGUCCGUCUGGAUUGCCAAAAAGGAAGUGAGGAAUAUAAAAAACCAAGCCAAAACUCACCAAUGGGACAUUAAAAGUAAGAUAUUUAAUAUUUUAUCAGUACAGUUAAUUUAUUUGUUUACACUGUGUAGCUAAAGAUAGUUGAGCACACUCUGUCAAAAGUAAAAUUAUAUGGGAACCACAUUGUUUUCCUAGAACUGGAAAUACUGCAGAUUUCAAUUGAUGAACAACAUUCGCCAAUGUUGCUAAGUGCAAAUAUUAACAGUAACAAGCAAAGUUCGAGUACCUAGUAUAGCAUGUUUACUGUCAGCAGUAUAGGAAGGAGUUUUGUUAACAGGAAACCUUUGUCAAAGGAAUUAAGACCUGUUAAUAUUGAUAAAACAAUAGGGAAUGACCCAAUAUGUACAUACUUCUGAGGCCAUCCCAAGGGGUAGAGCCAAGGGGGUUAAUACCAGCUUCGUCUGCAGGGUUUUAUUCUUGAAUGACCCAGUCCCAUAUACCAAACUAUUCUUUGUUGUGUUUAAGGAAAAGAACUUAUCUAUGUUGGGGCAAAGAAAAAUUUGAGAAAAAAAGUUGUGAUGGAUGUCGAGGAGAUUUCAGAGAUUCUACAUCAGUACCAUUCCAAUCCAAUUGGUGGGCACAGUGGAAUAAAUAACACUCUGGCAAAAGUAUCCCAGUACUAUAUUUGGAAUGGUAUUAAGGAGGAUGUAGUUGAAUAUGUAAGUAACAUAAAAGGAAAAUUGGUUAACCCUUUAAGUGGCAAUGCGCCCAGAUGCACCCUACUUCAUUAUUUUACUCUGCCUAACUCCAGGCUUAUUUUGAUAAACAUUAGGAAAAAUGAAAACAAGUGUAAAUUGCCUUUAUUAGUGACGAAACACUUUAGAUAAGAGGUGCUUAUGUUGCAUAAUUUUUAAACUAUGAAUUACUGGUCCAAAAGUAUCCCACAAAAGGCCACAAUACACUGUUCUUACCCGAAGCCCUGUGUAGCAUUUCCAAGGCCAAUUUAAAAUGUUUCAUGCAUUUUUUUACCAUUAUGCAAUUUGUUACUUCUUAGUGUAAAACUUGUGAUCGCUGCCAACGUUAUGAGAAGCUGAAAACCCAAGCUCCAGAGCUUAAAUCAAUUAAAGUAAACAAGGCAUUAGAAUUGGUUGGAAUGGAUCUUAUUGGUAUGCUUCUAAAGAUGCUUAAAUUCAACUUCAUACCUUAAAUCAUGUGAAUGAAUUUGUGACAAAUCUGUUUUUGAAAUAUUAGUUUUUCGUGAAUCUGUAACUCAAAUGCCAAAUAGAAUACUUACGUAUAAGAAUACUCAAGUAUUUCUGAAUGUUGAUUUUAAUAUAAUUAUAUCUAUUUUUAUUAAAGAUUGUCAAAUUAUUUUUAUUAUAUUUUCAAGGGCCUCUUCCUACUACUGAUGCUGGGUACAAGUAUGUCCUUACAUUCACUGAUUACUACACCAAAUUUGUGGACUUCUAUCCUUUAAAAGAAAAAGCAGCUGCUGGGAUAGCAUGUUGCAUCAAAACAUUUGUUUGCAUAGGUACCGUAAAUAAAGUUUGUACAGUGCUUGAAAUGGAGGCUAGUAGCUCUCUAUAUGCAAAGCUUACCAUUACAAUGAUUAGGUACGGUAUGCUUGAAGUGGACUACAGCCUUUAUUAAGGCAUCUAGUACAAUUGAUGUACUAACAUAUGAUAAUGCUAAAAUGUUUUGUUUGAUUAUUCUUGUAGAUGGGGUGCUCCAUGCAGACUCCUGUCAGACCAAGGACGUGAAUUUGUGGCUAAGGUAAUGCCCAUGUCUCCCUAAAUAAUUAACGUGCAAUAAUACAUCCUUAAAGCCUUUUUUCCACUAGGUCAAUUUGUUUGUGCAGUUUGUACAAAAGUAGAAACUGAUGUAUCUAUUUUGUGGCAAACUUUUUCACUGACCAAUCACAUUACCAGUGAAGAUUUUUCUCUUUGUGACAACAAAUUCACCUCUCUAGAGUGAAAAUUAGACAAAAUGCAUGAUACAUCCCUAAAAUUGUUGGCAGAGGUAUGCAGUCUCCAAGUGUCCUCUAGUUGGAUUUUGCAAAUGUUUGCAACUUUGCAUGCACCUAUAAUUUUGCAUGCACCUAUAACUUGGACUAUUACAAGCUUGCUUGUGUUUUCAAUAGGUCAACACAGAGGUUUGCAGGCAGUUUGGUAUCACUCGUUCUGUAACAAGUGCUUAUCAUCCACAAACCAAUGGUCUUGAUGAGCGGACCAACCAGACACUCAAAGUGCGACUGGCAAAAUUAGUCAAUGAGCGUCAAAACAACUGGGAUGACUUUUUGGAAGAAGUCGCAUUUUCAAUUCGGACACAGAAACACGGUUCAACAAAGUUCAGUCCAUUCUUCCUCAUGUUUGGUCGACAUCCCAGGACACCAAUAGAGGUACUAACUGUAAUUAUUUGAACCCAUAAAAUGUUGUAAUAUGGACAAACUACCCAUGAGACCAACAUCCCCAAUUGCAGUCUUAAUUUUCAUCUGCCCUCAGUCACAUUUGCACUCAAGCUUUAUGUUGCACCACAAAACAUUAUAUGAACCUUUAUGAGUGUUUAAAACAAUGACUAAUUAUAGAUGGAAAAUGUGGCAGAAGAGGAUGGGAUUUUUGAGUUGGAAACUCCCUCGUCUGAAAUCUUGGAAGAGAUGACAUAUGACCGAUCAGAAAUGAUGAACUGUGUUGACCAACAGGUGUGUAUUAUUAUUAUUGUUCCUGAUGUUUGUCUUUUAUGUAUAUCAUAACAGCACUUGUGUUUUUAUAUGGUAACAUACAGUACCGAAGAUAUCAAUGAGUAGGAACAAUAUUUGAUUAAAAUUAAGUUGUAACUAUUAUGAGCUAACUUUCAGAAAACAAUUGUUGGGCAAACAAAGCCAGUCGGGCAAUAUUCGCUUCACAGUUGGGCAAUAUUCGCUUGUUGUAAAAAUAAAUGGGACAAAUUCUGUAAAUUUUGUGGGAAAUAUGCUACAGGUGUAUCUAAUAGGAAUUUUUCGUAAUCACUCCCCCGCCCCAAUCGACAACAAUUUUGGAAAGUUUCUUCUGAAAUUUUUUUUGACAAUGUGCGCACAAUCCGAAAAAGUCGGGCAAAUUUCUUUCCGCCCACCCCCCCUAAUUUUUUCCUUUACGUACGCCCCUGGCAGCCCGCAACCACCCGGAGAAAAUAGGGUCGCACGGUUAAUCACGAUGAAAAUAUAAUAGGUUCGGCAGAAAAAAUAGAGUUGGUCAGGAACCAGAACCACAGGUAUUUUUUUUACUCCUUGUCAAGGGGAGAGUCGUGUGCUUUAAUGGGUUAAAUUGAUUUAAAUUUUACAGGUUCAAGCCAACAUUGAAAAAGCCCAAGCAAAACAGAAAAAGGAUUUUGCCAAGAGAAAAAACAAGGGGGUCAAGGUUUUCCAGCUUUCAGUUGGUGACCUUGUUCUCCGCAAAGUUAUGAAGAAUAUAAGCCGCAAAGGUGGAAAGUUAGAUGCUUUGUGGACAGGCCCAUACAGGUAUGACAAGAAAUAUCAUGACUAUUUUAUAAGAGUGAAAUUUUUCUCAUGACAAGAACCACUUGGACAUCAAAGCCUAAAUUAACAGUUGGACAUUGGAAUCGUCCGACCAAAUCACAGUUUUUCCAGCCAAAUGCCAAAUUGGUCGGACAUUGUGCCUGGAGCCUGAAAAAUCAACUUUCUUGAAAGACUGGGUUAACUAUAAGCUGCCAGUGCCUGCAAUCAUCCAAAGAACAUUAGAUGUAAAUGAUUUCACUAUAGAUAAUAAGUGUUACUUGUUUUUCUGUAGGAUUGUUGAGAUUGAUCACCAUCAACGUGUCUCGUUGGCAAAGCUAAAUGGGGAUGUGCUGAAUGUCAAAGUGCCUUAUGAGCAAAUUAAACCUCAUACUGCUAGUGACUUGCACAAGCCAAAAUCCUCUCCAGCUGUUCCGCUAGAACCAGGCUUUGAAGAAAUCAAGGCAGAAGAAGUGGAAGAAGAGCCAUGCCAAUCCACUAGCCAAACUGACACUGUCACAAGUGAGCAAGUUCCCAAGGCCAGCAAAAACGAAACUAAUGAUGUUGUCUGCUGUGGUGAAAAAAAGCGGAAAAAGAGACCAAUUGGACCAUUGCCAGUCACACCAGCUCUCAAAUACAAAGACUUUCCCAAACUUUUACCUGUGAUUGAAAGUGGAGAAUGGUUGACAGAUGAACACAUUGACAAUGCACAGGCUAUUCUCGCAGAGAAUUUCCCCCACAUUGGAGGCUUGCAGGCAACAUGGGUGUUCAUUUCAGAAGAGUGCCAAUCGGUGGGUACUCCAAAAGAAGACUUUGUACAAAUUGUAAAUGUUUGUGGGAAUCAUUGGAUCACCCUCAGUAACAUUGGCUGCCCUAAAGAUACUGUAACAUUGUACGACUCACUGUACAACAACCUAGAUUCUGCAAGCAAAGCAAAACUUCACAAGCAAAUUGCAUACAUGCUAAUGCCAACAUCUAAGCAUCUUACAAUCCAGUGGGCUGAUAUGCAGAAACAAACUGGUACUUGCGAUUGUGGGCUAUUUGCAAUCGCAGCGGCAACAAGUCUGUGUUAUGGCAUUUUACCCCAAGACUGUUACUGGGAGCAAGAGAGUAUGAGGGAUCAUUUGUGUAUGUGCUUCCAGCAAGGAGAUCUGGCACUUUUCCCACAAUUGGCAGUUGUUCGAAAACACAAGAGGCAUCACAGAGUGGAAACUACUGAAGUAUUCUGCCACUGUCGACAACCAUACAACCCUGGUGUUUUCAUGGUUGCAUGCGAUCGUUGCCAGGAUUGGUUCCAUCGAGGAUGUGAAAGGGUUCCGAAAAGGAUAAACAAGAACACUUUAUUCGUUUGUAAAAAUUGUGAAUAGAUCACAGAAGAGUAUCAAUAUUGUGUGGAAAUGUAAAUAAGUUGUAAAUAUUUCAUUAAUCAUAAUUAAUUAAGAGAAAUAUCCCAUUCUUUUGGUGUGACUAUGAAUAAUUGCUUGCUGUAAAUAAAUUUGUUGUGGUUGUAAAUAAUUGCUUGCUGUAAAUAAAAUCGAUUAUAGCAGGUUCAGCAUUAUAAAUGUAUCUGUGUGUUCA